UUUACUUUUACGUAGGAAAAAUAAUUAUUUAUAAAAUUCAACUGGGGAACUUAUGACAUAAUUUACGGUAACUUAGUUCAUUGGUUUUUGAUUGAUUGCUGCUUUAAUCUGAAAUUCAUUGGGACGUGUUUUAGUCUCAAGUGAAGAGAAAUGAGUAAAAAUGGCGAAGGUCCUGAAGAAGGUGAAUCUUCAUCUUCCAAUUCCAAGAGAAGCGGAUCACCAAGUAAACCUCCAAGACCUCCUCCUCCAUUGAACUGCUCGAAAUUGCAGCGUCUUUCAAGUAUUGAAAAGCAUCUAGAAACUCUGCAGCCGUUAAAGGCCGAUCGAGUUCGCUGGUUUGUGAAAGAAGACAAGAAAUGGAUUCCUUUUAAUGGCUCUGAUUCGUUGGCUAUUGAACGACGCUAUCGUCAAAUCAUGGAUUUUGAGAGCCGGGUUGAGGACAGCACAAAGCUCCUCAAUACUUCUCCGAUUUAUGAAAUGCCAGUUGUCAAAGGAGGCUUGUAUGAGGUGGAUGUUUUUGCUAGGGAAUGUAAACCUAUAUACUGGAAAGGUAGGUGAAGGUUGUGAAAACAAUCGCUAAAUCAGCCUCAACCAAUAAAUGAAUAAAAAGAACGUGCUGUGUUGAGGUCUUGAUACAACACAAUACAAUGUAUUUCAUCAUAUCUGUCGUUCUUUUCACAAUGAUAAAACCAAAGCCAGGGAAUUUAACGGCCUAUAAUCAAGAGAGAGAAAAAAAAAAAAAUGUUUGCAUGGGAGAAAAACAAGAAUUUGAAAUAAAUUGAUCUUGAAUUGAAUUAUAUUUGUAGUUCAUUGAUAUGAAACAAAGCAACAAGAGACUAACAUAGAGCUGAUAAUGGUAAUAAGCACAAAAAAAAAUAAGUGAAGUUUGCAGAAUGUCAUUAAUAGAGUUCUUUGCAUGGAUUAUUUAAAUUGCACGAGAUAUUUUUGGUGGUAUAGAACAGGGAUAUUAUUAUAUUGCUGGUGAGAUGAAAUUUGGUUGAAUUACAAUUUAAUUUCAUUGUUCAAAUAGAUGACAGUCUGCCAGUUUGUCGAGGAACUUGGUUUACUGGGACCUCUUCACUUGAUACAUGGCAGCCUCUUUGUGAGGAUGAUAGUGAGCAGAUUGAAAAGUCUCACCAGAGUAUGCUUAGGGCUAUGGUGAGUCAGUCAGUGGCUUUUGCUAUUGUUGUUGUUUUCAUUGGAGGACAGGGAGCUGUAUAAUAACACUCUCUAAAUUUCAAGGAUUACCAUGUGGUAUCCUCAAUACUGAGCUUUUUUUAAAUUGUUGAGUGCAAUAGAAAUUUGGAUUACCACUCUACUAAUGUGAAAAGAAAUAAAACCUGAACCAAUUUGAAUGGCAAACCAUCUAUUUAGGGUCAGUAAACCAUAAUUAAUCUAUUCAGCUACAAAAAAAUUAGGAACUUUUGCAGUUAUUAGGGUGUCUCCAGGUAAAGGAUGAGGAAACCAUUUAUUAUUUUUGUCUUCAAGGGUUUCCAAGUAGAAAUAAACGACAAUGAUAAAGCAGCUCCUGAAAGGCAAGGUGAGCUUACUCUUAAAAAUAUUGUAUACAGUGAUCCAGCAUGAAAAUCAACACAACACAGUCAACUGUCCCAUCAGAUUGUUAAAAGAAAUUAAUUGAUAAGCGAUAAAAAGUCCUUGAGGGAACAAAAUACAGAGUUUUACAAGAGCUUUGCUAUGCACAUGUUUUGAAUAAAGUUAUUGUGUUAAAUAUACAUUUAAAACAAAAUUAGUGUAUACAUUGAUCAUGCAUAAACAUAUGCCUUUUGUCAGAGACACUUAACUGGGGAAAUGACUUUUAGAGCUUACUGGUUCAACCACAGCUCAUUUUCAUUUUGCUUCUCUGCCUUAUUGUUUGACUAGAUGUAUGUUUGUUUGGUUUCUUUAAAACUACAGUACUCAGCCGACUCAACUUGGAAAAUUGUCAUGUGGAAUGGAAUGAAAUUGGUGAUGUGUGGUUGUAUUGGGAUGAUGUCAAAUCCAGAAUAAUUAGAAAUGUUGGUGAAAGGAUUGGAUUCUCAUCAGGUAAAGAAACAAAAAAUAUUACCAAGAAUGGAGUACAAUCCUAUUUAAGGGGGAAGUGGUCAUACUUGUUGUGAUGCUAUAAAAAGAACAAAGGACCCAGCUGGUCUGCCACAUGUACAUGUGGCCUGCUUAUUUCACCUCAUUUGACCAUGAUUUCCAAUGAAAAAUUUUACAAUUAUUGAAGAAAUUUGUGUAGCAGCCAUUCACAAGUUUUUUAGUUGAGGUGAAGUCUUAAUUCAUGUGUAAGUAACCAGCUUAGAUGCAUGAAUGGAUUCUAUGCCCAGGAUUUGCUCAAAGAUUCACAUGAAAAUCAUGGAAUAACUUGGGGAUUUUAAAUGAAAGGUUCCUUGUCUUGCACAUUAUCUAAUGAAACAAAACAGUGUCCAUUAUAAAGGGGGUCAGUUUCUAAGCAAACUGUGGUGCUGCGGCAGUGAGAGAGUACAACAGGGUGAUGUUCAAAGUAUCAUCAACUGGGUUGAUAAUGUAAAUUAACCACCAUAAUGAGUUGAAAAGCUGACAUUUUGAGCAUUAGCCCUUUGUUAGUGUCCAUGAUAACCUGGCCGAUUACUCUGUUAUAUAUGCCAAGUGUAAUUUUGAAGUGAUUGAUAGCCUUGCUUUUAUAGAGUAAUUUCAUGCCCUGAAUACGAGGUUUCAUGUCAUGUUCAUACAACUGUACAUGCACAAAGUAAUGUGAAAGAUGCAAUGGAUCUACAGCUGCCCCACUAAAUAGGAGGUUCAACUUCUGGAAGGGUCAAAAGGAGGGUGGAGUGAGUAGGAGGGGGGAGGGGUGGGUAGGAGAAGGGUGGGGUGGGGUGGGGUCAUUGUGGGAAAGACACCAAACUUUGACUGAAAACCUGUCAUUACCAGAAGUUCAAAUAAUUACCAACAAGCGUAACAAGGAAGCCUGAAAAAAAGCCAGAGAAGGAGGUAAUCUAAAAUGGAUCAGCAUCCUAAAGAGGAGGAGUUCUAAGCAAUGGAUGCUGAGUAAAUGGAUGUUUACUUUAUUGCAUCAGGUGCUGCAGCACAGAUUCACCGUGGAUACCACACAAAUGCUGACCCUGCUGACAAACCUCCUGACAUAUCUCAUUUGAUUUUUGUGGUUCAUGGAAUUGGACAAUUAAUGCGCAUGGGCAAUAUUGUCAAGAGCUGUGUUAGCCUUCAACAGUGUGCUGUAACAGUUUUAGAGAAACAUUUUACGGAUAAUCCACCUAAUCAGCGAGUGGAGUUCAUUCCAGUGGAAUGGAGAUCAUCACUUAAACUAGAUGAAGGUAAAAAAAAUUCACCUCCCCAGAGGUCAGUGAUGGUGAGAGAUGUGUUCUUCUAACAGUUAACAUUAAAGUCCUUAGAUCUGGUUUUAAAUUCUCCCCUCUAGCUGCUACACAUUUCCUGGUAAGUUAGUUGUAAGAAUUUAGUGUUUAAUCAAGUUACAACUUUAACCUGAUAAGUUUGAGUAUUCUAAUUAGCUGUUUGCAGGACAAUAUGUGGAUAUUUUCUCUUUCCACCCAGUGAAAUGAAAUAGGGGCAGUGAAAUGAAAUGAAAUGAAAUGUGAUGGGGGCAGGAAGGAGGUCGGUUUGGUCUGGCACACCAGUAAGUUCUUAUUAGCUUAGUGGUAGAGCAUUGGGCCACAGGAGCAAAGAUGUGAGGUUCAAAUGGUCAUUUGGAACAGAGAUAUUUCUUUGUCUCAUGCUCUGGUGUAAUUUCCACUUCCAUCAAGGUACAAUUGAGAGCAUAACACCUGCUUCAAUAUCAGGACUCAGGAAGAUUCUUAACACCAGUAUGAUGGACAUCAUGUAUUACACAAGUCCAUUUUACAGAUAUGAGGUAAGGGGCACCUUACCUGUGAGCCCUUUGAUCCCCAACGGUUAAUAGAAUCUAAAUUAUCUUUACAAUAAUACCCCUAAAUCACAAUUUGAGGUCAAGAGGAAAAAGGAAAUGAUUGCAAACUAAAGAAACUCUCAGUGGUCUUGACAACAAAUUCUCCUUCACAGCACUUUAGGAAAUGUGUAAAAAAUUAUAUGGAGAAUAUGCAUUCUGAUGUCAGAGUGUAAAAGGUUAACUCUUAAGAGUGACUAGCAGGUAAUUUCUCCUCAUAGUUUCACUUUACAAUCAAAUGUAAAGGUUACAAGAAAAAAGGAAAUGAUUCCACAGUCCCUCUCUCCACACAGGAUCACCAAUGAGUGCAUGCAAAAAUUGCAAUUGGUCAAUGGUUUGAAAAAAUGUCAAUCAGCAAUCAGUAGGUUUUUUUCCAGAACACACUGUUUAACAGAUUAGAACCUUGAAUGAGAAGAUGUGAAUGACGUGACUCCAAUUUGAUUUUGUAUUCUGUUUCAGAUCAUUGACAGUGUAAGAGAUGAAAUGAACCGUUUGUACACCAAAUUCUGCUCCAGGAAUCCUUCAUUUGUGGAAAGAAACGGCAAAAUUUCGAUAGUAGCCCACUCGUUGGGGAGUGUGAUUGCGUACGAUAUCUUAACACUUUGGGACAUCGAAACAAGACAUCUUUCUCCAGAUUCCACAGAAAGCACUGGCUUUCUUACAGAAAGCCUGCAGUACUUGCGGUCAAUAACCAGCAUGACGAGUAAUGAGAAGAAGGAGUCUGGGCCCGAGGGUAAGAGGAAAGAGAAUUUACGAGUUGAACUCGCUAAAGCUCGGAGCGAAGUGAUGAGGCUUGAGGCUAUGAUGACAAGUGAGGUGGAACACGAGAAACAAGAAGCUGAAAAAAGCUCAGGCGAAUGCCCUUUAGCGCUACGGUUCAAGGUAAGUUACCAGGCCUAGUCUCGCACCGAGACCUUUCACGGCCAAGCGGUUCAGUCACACGAUGGGAUCUGGGCACACGAUUAGACGUGGGCGUGAAGAAUUUCAGGGGAUCACAUGGUUUUUAGGUAGAACAGAGGGUGGAUCAGUAGUCGUCAACAGAGUAUAAAGGGGGAAAAACGAAAAUUGACUGCGAAUUAGGUGCCAAUUAGGGGGAAUCAUAUUAUUGAUACAAAACCUGAUAGGGAGGGAUCAGAUAAAUUUUUUUGUGACGCAAAGCUGAAUUUAAGCAAGUUUCCCACCCAGUUUGUGUUCUUUUAGGUUGAAAACUUAUUCUGUGUGGGAUCGCCGCUGGCAGUGUUCUUGACGCUACGAGGGCUCAGACCGCAAGACGACGUAGAAGAUCACGUGCUACCAAAGUCAGUUUGCAAACGUGUGCUGAAUAUUUAUCAUCCAGCUGACCCUGUGGUGAGAAAUUACAUUAUAUAAAGAUAUAUUUAAAGUUGUUAUAGCUUGAAGUCAGUGGUUGAAACCGUAUUGUGUGACAAUUUGAUUGAAAGCAAUGAAUACUUUCAUGUGAUACUGUUUAUUGUGCUGCACAAGGUGGGUCUAACUUUUAACGCUAGAGAUGAGACCGUAACGUUUGACCAUUCGAAUGAAAGCUACUGAGCAGUACUUUCAUAAGGUAUUGAUUACUAGGAUUUACCGGGUGGUUCCAACUUUUACUGCUUUUAUAAAUUUUUAAUCUGGGACGGUCCUCAAGCUUCCUUUAUAUAUUUUCAUGCAGCUAGUGUCUGAUGUUUUCUUUCCUUUGUUGUUGUUUUUUUUUUCAGUCAUUGUGAAUUUAUUCACGGGAAAGUAGAACCCAAUUAAAUUUGCGAAGCUCCCAAGAUGCGGCUUCGUGGCUCAUUCGGGUGGUAGAGUUCGCAUCUCGUCAAAGUCUGAGUUUUUUUUCUAGGCUUUUCUUCUGCAAACAGCUUGUCUUGCCUUUCUUUGCUUUUCUAAUUAUUAAUUACCAUAAGAAUCAAUUUUUUUUAUGUAUAAACAGGCUUACCGCUUAGAGCCUCUGUUAAGUUCAGACUACAGCAGCAUUCCUCCGGUACAACUACACCGCUACGACAGCAAACAGACAGGCUACACUGAAACCAAACCAGCUGGCAAGUCUGCCAAGUGGGGAGCCCUUUUUGCGGUAUAUCGAGCUGGUUUUUCCAAACAGAAAACAGACGAUGAAGCCAGUGAUCGAUCAAAUAGCCCAAACAGUGAAGCGGAAAGUACAGAUGAAGAACUCGUGGUUGUGCACAAUUCUGCAUCUGGGGAAAGCGUUGAAGGUAGGAACUGGUGAAGAAGAAUUUAGGUUCCAAAGGGUUUCGUUUUAAAUGGAAUGAAGGUGUGUUUUUUCUGCAAAACCUAAUAAAGUUGCUCAGCGCGCUGCAUGAGGUUUACAUGUCGAGAAUUCUCCUUAACGUUAUUGGGAGCUUUUGUGAGUGCCUUAGCAACUAGUACCUCAGCUCUAACCAAUUCUGUUUGACUAAUUUACAAGCUGAAUAAAUUGCCUUUUAGCGUCUUGGUGUUUCCUUUUAAACACAUCUUUCCUCAUAAUUUCACCCUGCAUUAGCGAACGAUGUAAACGACGAAGGAGCUACAUGCAGUAUCACCGACGGUGGCUCAUCGGCUUCUUCCAAGCGGACGGGUUGGAUUGCGAGUAUCUUUGGUUCUUCUAAACCCCUCACGGCAGGUAACUCCGGCCAGGAGUUGGAAGAAACUUCAGAAACAGAUGGGGGUGUCAAAAAGAAAUCUGAAAAAACGAAAAAAGAAGAACACCUCUCAGUGCCUUCGAAAGGUAAGUAAUAAAUAAAAAUGCGAUUAAAUAAAUCAGUGGAAUUAAACACUGGCUCUUCGUUUACCGUUUUCUGGUCAAACUUGAAUUUGGAGUCUUUGCCUUUUUUUCAAGGGGGGGGGGGGAGGAAUGGGGGGGUAGUAGUGGGAGAAGACACUGAUAUCCAGGAACGGGAACGGUACACUUUAACAGCGCAGGGACCCCAAAAACGGUACACUUAAGCCGCGCAGGGAUCCAAAACCUCCCUCUUUUUAUCGUUCCACGCCAUUACUGUGCCCCGUUCACCACGCCAUCAACACGAAUACGUUUUCGUUUGAAAAUGCAUAAUUUGUGAAGCGUUCUAACCCGUAAACGCUGAUGAGACUUAACGGUUAAAAAGUGAAUGCGUCUUCAGAAUGCUGUGAUUCCUCUGUGGACAAGUGAAAACGGAGGCUUUUUAAAACAACAGCAAAAAAAUGCGCCACGCACUGUUGCUUUCGUCCGUGUUUUGGGUGUUACAGUGAGAACGAUAGUCGAAAACGCACUAAAGUGUAUGCGCUCUCUCGUAAUUUCGCCAAGUUUCGAUAUCUUUUGCCAACACAAUCAUCUUGUCCUCCUUAUCACUUUCAGUUUUGAAGGAACGACUCGACUACACUCUACGGGAGGGAUACAUGGAAACUAAAUACUUGUCAGCGGUCACGUCUCAUACAUCGUACUGGUAUUCAUGUGAUGUGGCACGGUGCAUCCUUGAGAAUUGCCUGGAUCCAGGACAAAAUUUGGACCAGUCUUAA